AUGGACGACGAGAAGGAAGACACGCCACAGGAGGACAUGGAAGAAGACGAACUGGAAGAAGAGCAGGACGGCGACCUCCCUCCAGAAACUGAGGAGGAAGAGGUAGAUAACGAACCCGUAGAGGAAACUACAGACCAGGAAGAAUUGAAAUCUACAGAAACUCGUAAAAAAAGUGUAACGAUGAAGGGAGAUGUCCCUACGUUUAGAGAAGGAAGUGACGUAGCCGGCCAGUUUUCGGGAGAAAUUCCUGUACGCUUCUUGCAGAGAGGUUCACAUGUUGGAAAAGGGUUAGCAGUACUCACGAGUGGCGGCGAUUCUCAAGGGAUGAAUGCUGCAGUACGUGCAGUAGUACGUUUUGGUAUAUAUCUUGGAUGUAAAGUUUAUUUCAUAAAAGAAGGUUAUCAAGGAAUGGUAGAUGGCGGAGACAAUAUUGAGGAAGCAGGCUGGGCGACAGUUUCAUCCAUUAUACAUAAGGGUGGGACCAUUAUUGGUUCAGCCAGAUGCAUGGAUUUUAAAGAACGAGAAGGACGCUUAAAAGCUGCUGCUAACUUGGUGGACAGAGGAAUUACCAAUCUGGUGGUGAUUGGUGGUGAUGGAUCAUUGACAGGUGCUAAUCAUUUCAAGACAGAGUGGCCUUCUCUUCUGGAAGAACUUAGCAGUACAGGGCGUAUUACAAAAAAUGCACAGCAGGCAUAUGCUACUCUUAGAAUUGUUGGAUUAGUUGGAUCCAUUGAUAAUGAUUUUUGCGGAACUGACAUGACAAUUGGAACAGAUUCAGCUCUACAUCGUAUCAUUGAAGCUAUUGAUGCCAUUAUGUCAACAGCCUACUCGCAUCAGCGGACGUUUAUAAUGGAAGUCAUGGGAAGACAUUGUGGAUAUCUGGCAAUUGUAACUGCAAUGGCAUCAGAAGCUGACCUCGUUUUUGUGCCUGAAGAUCCACAACCAACUGACUGGCCUCAAACACUCUGCAAGAAACUGUCACUGGAACGAGCAUCUGGACAGAGACUGAAUAUUAUAAUUGUUGCUGAAGGAGCAGUAGAUCGUGAUGGUGAACCAAUAACAGCUGAUAAAGUGAAAGAUGUUCUUGAGGAAAACUUGCAUCAAGAUACACGAGUCACUGUGCUUGGACAUGUACAGAGAGGUGGAAAUGCAUCUGCAUUUGACAGAGUCCUAGGUUGUCGUAUGGGUGCAGAGGCUGUUAUGGCAUUAAUGGAAACAUCAGAAGACAAUGAGGGAAUACUAAUUUCUAUAACUGGCAACCGCAUUGUUCGACUGCCUCUCAUGGAGUGUGUUGAGAGAACAAGAGGAGUGGCAGCUGCUAUGGGUCAAAAGGAGUGGGAUGAGGCAGUCAGAUUGAGAGGCAGGAACUUUGCUCGAAACUUAGAUAUGUACAAGAAACUUACCAGAUUGAAACCACCAGCAUCAGUUGGACAUUUGGCAGAGUCAUUUAUCAUGGCUGUAAUGCAUGUUGGAGCUCCAGCCUGUGGAAUGAAUGCAGCCGUCAGGUCAUUUGUAAGGUGCAAUGUGUAUAAAGGUGUAACUACAUAUGGCAUCCAAAAUGGAGUUGAAGGAUUGGAAUCAGGAAAUUUUCGUAAGCUUGAGUGGCCAGAUGUGAGAGGCUGGGUGCCACUUGGAGGAGCCAUUCUUGGUGCUAAGCGUACGUUACCAGGACGUCGGCUACCAAAAAUUGCAGAGCAGCUACGGAAAUUUGGCAUACAGGGUUUGCUGAUAAUUGGAGGCUUUGAGGCCUUCCAAGCAGCUCUUCAGUUAGUUGAGAGCAGAAGGGUAUACCGUGAAUUUUGUAUACCCAUUGCAGUUAUUCCUUCAACCAUAAGUAAUAAUGUUCCAGGAACAGAAUUUGCACUUGGUUGUGACACUGCACUGAAUGAAAUAAUAGAGAUAUGUGACAGAAUACGGCAGUCUGCACAAGGAACAAAACGAAGAGUAUUUAUAAUUGAAACCAUGGGAGGUCACUGUGGAUAUCUUGCUACAUUGUCGGGAUUAGCUGGAGGUGCAGAUGCUGCUUACAUUUUUGAAGAGAAGUUCUCUGUUCGAAAUGUUUUGGAAGACGUCUAUCACAUGGCAUGCAAAAUGGCAGCUGGAGUACAAAGAGGCUUAAUAAUUAGGAAUGAAAAAUGUAAUGAUAAUUAUACAACCAGAUUUAUCCAUCGUCUGUUUGCUGAAGAAGGGAAAGGUCUUUUCAGUGUGAGAAUGAAUAUUUUAGGCCACAUGCAGCAAGGAGGUAAACCAUCUCCUUUUGACCGUACUCUAGGCACAAAAAUGGCCGGAAAGGCAGCUGACUGGAUGUUUGAGAGAAUUGAAGAGUCACAAAAUGCAGAUGGUUUUGUUUGUGCAAGAGAUCCUGAAUCUGCUGUUCUAGUAGGUAUCGAACAACGACAGUACCGUUUCACACCUUUGCGAGAUCUGAUACCCCAUACAAAUUUUGAACAUAGAAUACCAAAUGAACAGUGGUGGUUGAAGUUGCGGCCACUUCUCAGAAUACUUGCGAAACACGAAAGUGCUUAUGAAGAAGAAGGAAUGUACAUUUCAGUAGAUACCACACCCGUCCGUGAUGUUUGGCGUGAUCCUUCCAGAGCAGUAGGUGCUUGGGAUAGGGAGACUUUAGAAUGA